AUGUGGCUGCUUGAGAAUGAAGGAGACCUUUUCCACCACAAGAGGAAGUGGCUGCGGCCAGGAACGAGACAUCUCUUAGGGCGGACUCAUGAUCACCAAGAUGGCGUCGAGAAUCUCAUCGAUGCGAAGUCAGUUUCGCGGAGACACCUUCUGAUUGAAAUCUCGCCCGUCAGUGAGGGCGAUGGUGCAGAUCUGAGUAAAAAACCUACCGUCAAGCUGAUUGAGAACUCGAAAUUCGGUACCGUCGUCGAUGGCGGCGAACCCUUCAAAAAUUCAACACACAUGUUGACAGGCGUGAAGCAUACAAUAAAACUUGGGAAAUGGGAGCAUAAGUUCACGAUCUCUUGGACUCCUAUUGUCUUUUCCUUCAACGUCCCUAGCAAGCGGAAGACGCUCCCCGAUCCACUCGCGAUAGAGCGCGCGCGCCUCGAACCUCUCGGAAUCAAAACGAUCGUAUCCUAUAGCCCCAAGACUACACAUGUUAUAGCAGACAAGAGAAAUACACCUAGUGGACUACAAGCCCUAGUUAAUGCGAGACACAUUGUGACCGAUGCCUACGUUGACGCUGUCGUUAGAGCUGGAACACCUAAUACUGGCGCGAGUGACUACGAAGGCCCUGCACGAUCUCUGCUGGAAGAUGAGUUUGACAAGUAUUGGCCCAGUGCGAUUGAUUACCUACCUGCAGCUGGUAAAGAACCCAUUCCCCGUCCGGCGGAAUACUACGUUCCUGAUCCCGAGAGAAGUGAGGUGUUUGCUGGCUACACAUUCAUCUUCUGUGACGAUGCUCAAUAUAAUACUCUCCAGGCACCCAUUAGUAAUGGCAGUGGUAAAGCUCUUCUAUACAAGCUCCAACAUGGGCAAACGACCCCGGAAGACUUUGUGCGCUAUGUGAAGAACGUCGCAGGCGAGAAGGGCUUGGGUGAAUUUGAAGAUGGAAGUGAAGGUAGAGGUGUGGUGUGCGUGCGCAUGAGAGCUCAGAAAGGCUGGGAGGAGUGGGCUAUUGAGUUUCAGACCCAAGUACAACUCCGACUCGAUCAGAGAGACAUUGAGCAGAAUGAAUUUCUGGAUGCUAUCCUGAUGAAGGACGCUAGUGUAUUGAGGAGGCGCCUACAGGAAGAAGAAGACCCAAUGACCAGCCAGCUGCAGUAUCCGCCGGUGUCUUCAUCAAUACCUCGACCCCCGCCGACUGCCCCCGGCUCCUCUCAGAUGCCUCAGGAGACCCAGGGAUCUCAAUGUAAUGACCAGACUCAGCUCGAAACUCAGCAGGUCUCAACGACACUAACGAGGCGCAAACCACGAAGGAUCAUUACUCAAAGCAGAUUCAAGGCCUUUGACGACUCCGAUGAUGAGGCACCAAUAAUCAUCCACAGUCAUUCAGACGACGAGAUGGAGGAUGCCGGGGUGACACAACGAUCCGUUGUUACCGAUAGCUAUCCUCCCAACACACAACCCGAUCAUAGCAUCCAAAGAAAACGCCCUCACAGCAAUAAAGACGAUCAAUUCGCAGAGCUUCUACCAGCCGCAGCAGCCAUCAAAAGACGUCGAAUAGAGGCAGGCCUCGUGCAAGACGACGACCCUGGCCCUUCCGCAGUCCUGGCGCAACAAGCCCCCAAAAAGUCCAAAGUCGACGAAAUGAAUGCGCUGCGCAAAGCCGCCAAUCGCAAAAACAAAGACAUUGACGUCCGCGAAGCUCUCCGCGAGCAGAAGGAAGCCCAAGAAGCAAACGAGCGCCGCCGCGCCGAAGCCGCCGAAGAAGAGCAGCAGCAAUACGACGACACCGAAAUCAAGGCCCUCCGCAACCUCGCCAUCAUCGAGGAAAUGGACAUCAAACCACGCAACUCAAGCAUGUUACAGAAGCAGAACAACGCCGCGCAUGACGCCGCUCGCUGGGACGACCGCUGGAACGGCCGCAAGAACUUCAAGAAAUUCAGACGCCAGGGCGCGCGUCACGCGGCGGCGCCCCCGCUCCGUGGCCACAAAGUCAUCGUCACGCUCGAGGAGGUCAAGAAGAAGGACUAUGGCAUCGGCAGCAUAGAGGACAAUUAUUUCCUCGAGGAUAGCAACAACACUACGCGCGGCCAGAGUAGGCAUACCUCGCAAGCUGCGCGGCACGAUGAUAAUGAAGAUUAUGACGACGAAACGGGCUUCCAGCCCCGUCGCCGCAAAACCGCUAAGCAGAUGCAGAAAGCUCAUGAGGCUGAGCUUAUCGAGCAGAUGGUCGCGCCCCCGCGAACGAGAAAGGGGGCCAAGACGACAUCGACGACGACGACGAGGGGCCCGACGCCGGCGCGCAGCGAGAGGGCGGAGAGUGAGAUUCCACCGCCUGCAUUGUCGUCGUCAUCGUCAUUGACAUCAAAGGGGAAGAGAGCGGCUGCGAGUGCGGCGCCGGGCAAGGGUCCGGCUGCGAAGCGGAGUAGGGGGAUACCUAGAGAUGAAGACGAUGAUGAGGAUGACGAUGGUGGUGGGUUUAAGUUCAAGAGAGGGGGGAGACGGGGGGUUACGGGGGCGUGA